AUGGAUCCAGAGCGCGUACGAGUCAUUCGGGAGUGGGAGAAACCCAACCCAGGAGAUGUCCGCGCGGUACGGAGAUUCCUGGGGUUUGUCAACUUCUAUCGACGAUUCUGCUUAGGAUUCAGCAAGGUAGCAAGGCUGCUGAAUGACCUGUUAAAGAAGGAUGCAGGGCGCACCUGGGAUAACCGCUGUACUGAGGCGUUCCAGGCUCUAAAGGACCUCGUUUCGAAGGAGCCAGUCCUCGCUCAUUUCGACCCUGAGAAGGAGACGGUUGUGGAGUGCAACGCGAGCGACCAUACAGUUGGUGGAGUGCUCUCGUAA